AUGAACCAAGGUCGAUCAAUGACCCGGUCAUUCCAGGGUGUUUGUGCUUUGACAUCGCAACAAUAUCCUUUGGCCCGGCAGUCUAUGGGGUUUACAAAAUGCCAGCCCAAUCAAUGUUCUCUGCAACGAUGGCGCCUCGAAGCCUUUGCCUCCCGUCUGCAGUAUGAGGGAAUUUGGCUUCUCAACGUGGGCAGACCGGCUAUCCUAACCCCGGCGGGGCACGGGCGUGUCCGACUAGACACUCCCAACGCCACCGAGAAGGGCAUCGCCGGUGCCGAGACCUGCUCACGGGCACCGUUUCUGUUUCCAGUGAUGGGUCCGAAGACCCCGGGAACUCCAUAG